CUCUCUCUCUAUAUAUAUAUAUAUGUAUAUGUAUACUUAUAUGUAAUUAUUCAUUUUAUAUUAUAUAUAAAUGUUUAUACUAAUAUUUUUGUGUAUAUAUAAAUCACUGACUCUCACACACUCGUACGCCUCUCAUAUUCUUCUCUAGGGUUCGUGAGUGGGCAAACGGUACCGCUCGAUCACGUAAGUUUCUUUAGUUUCUAUGUGGGGAUUCAAUACAGUGCUGAUGUUUUGUCAGGUAAUAUUCUGCUGAUGUCCUUCUUUUAUUUUGAGACUGUUAAUAUAGAAAGCAGUUGGUCAUAAGUUAUCAAUUCUUUGGUCUGUACUUGAGAAGAAUGGGGGCUGUUUGUUGUGUCGCUGCAAAGGAUAAAGCUAUAGUAAAUGGAUCACAUUCUGAAACAUUGCAGAGGCAUGUCCGCUAUUCACCAUCUUGGAGCUUUAGAUGGGAUAACCGUGGACGAGUAGCUGGGGAAGAGACACCUGCAUAUUGCUUACGCGAUGGAGGUGGUGGACAUCAACGAGUAGAAGUAAAAUCUGGAACUAUGGUUGAAACUACAUUUGCUUCUCAUGAAGGUGGUCCAUUAGAUAGUUUCAGGUCACCUUCAGAGCAGAAGUCCCCAAUUUCUGAAAGAAAUGCAGGUAGUUUAAGACUUCCAGCUUCUGAUCAAGCUAUCUCGCAGAAUCUGGUAGAGGUGAAGGAGUCAACAGAAUCUCCAUCUGUUUCACAUCAAUCCCCUGUAAAGCUAUCUUCCUUGGCCCCUUCAGUUUCAUCGAUUUCAGCAUCUCCUCGGUCUUCCCACAGUCACCUUCCUCCUCCAAACUUGACUCCUUCAAGAUGGCAUCACCGAUCUCCCGGACAUCAGCUAUUACGUCACCUGUCAGAUAUCCGGAUUCCAGAAUACAAGUCGCCAACAUUCUCAAUUUCCGAAGAGGCCUCUUUGUUUGCUUGGGGAAAUGAAUCAACCAGGGGAUCCAAUGGGUCUUCAGAUAGCUGGUCAAUCCCUGUCUUUUCAGAGCACAUGACUACUAGGAGAGAGAGGUGGUCAUUUGAUAGUGAAAACUCAGGCAUCAGUAGGGACAAAGUCACCAGGUCUAGUGGCCGAAAAUCAAGAUCUACCUCUGAUGAUCUACAAACUUGUGGUGUUUGCACAAAACUUUUGACUGAGAGAUCCUCAUGGUCGUGGAGCAGCCAAAAAUUAAUAUCAACUAAUGAACUGGCUGUGGUUGCUGUUUUAACUUGCGGACAUGCUUACCAUGCUGAAUGCUUGGAGCAUAUGACUCCUGAAACGGACAAGUAUGACCCAGCUUGCCCAGUUUGUUCUUCUGGGGAGAAACGGACUGCUGAAAAGGCAUUGAAAGCUGAACUGGAUUUGAAGGCCAGAAAGAGAUCUAGGAAACGUGUUGUUGACAGUGAUCUGAGCAGUGAUAUUGUGUUUGAUCACCAUAAACAGAGUGGAGUUGAGGAAAGGAGUUCUAAGAUGGGCUCAAGUACGAGCAUGAAGAGCUCGCAAGGAAAGCCUUUUCUGAAACGGCACUUCUCAUUUAGCUUGAAACCUACUAGGUUGUUGUCUGAGAAUCAAUCUACUCAGAGAAAGGGCUUUUUCUGGUCCAGAUCUAGCAAGAACUGAACUUAAGGAUACAAAAGAUGGUUCUACGUGUAACCUCGAUUCCAUGGUUGCUCUACUGUCCCAAAUAUUGGAGAGUAAACCAUGAAGGAAGCAGGCUGUAGGCCACCAGUAUCUUCAUCGGCGCAAGGCAGGCAUAGGAUAGCUGCUGCUGAGACACACUGUAAAGAAUUGGUAUAACACUAAAUGAAGUUUCAAUUCAUUAUACAGGAAAAGAAAAAGAAAACAAAGGGAAGAUAGCGGGAAUGUGAAUUCCCUAUUGACUAUGCUUUGUUUUGUAUAGUGGUGAUGUUUGGUUGUUUCAUGUGGUAAGUGCGCAUCCCAAUCAUCUGUUGGCCAAUAUCUUGUAAUAGCCAUCACGACGGCAGAUAUCUGAGUCUCUUACGGACAUUAUGUGGUUCCCUUUA